AAAGAAGAAGUCAAUGAAAAUCUUGAUCCUUCUCAUGAACUAACUCAAAUGCUAAGAGAGGAAAAACCGAAGCUGCAACCAAAUCAAGAGACAGAAACCAUUAAUCUGGGUAUUGAAGAUGACAGAAAGGAGAUAAAAAUCAAUGCUCAUCUAUCCUCAAAGGAAAGAAAAGAAUUGAUUAAGCUCUUAUUUGAGUUCCAAGAUGUUUUUGCUUGGUCCUACAAGGACAUGCCGGGACUUGAUCUUGAUAUCAUUGUUCACGCCAUUCCACUCUAUUUUGAGGCCAAGCCAGUCAAGCAAAAGCUAAGGAGGAUGAAAUCAGAGGUUCUGUUGAAAGUUAAAGAAGAAGUGCAAAAGCUGCUAGAUGUCAAUUUCAUUGAAGUAGCUAUGUAUCCGGAAUGGGUGGCCAAUAUCGUUCCUGUAAUGAAAAAGGAUGGUCGAGUUAGAGUCUGUGUGGAUUAUAGAGACUUGAACAAAGCAAGCCCCAAGGAUGAUUUCCCAUUGCCUCACAUCCAAAUUCUGCUAGAUAAUGCUGCCAAAAAUGCUCGGUUCUCUUUUGUUGAUGGUUACUUUGGGUAUAAUCAAAUAAGAAUGAAGGAGGAGGACAAGCUCAAGACUACAUUCAUCACUCAAUGGGGUACCUUUUGCUAUAAAGUUAUGCCUUUUGGACUUAAAAAUGCUGGGGCAACAUACCAAUGCUCUGUGAUUACUUUACUACAUGACUUUGUGCAUACCAUUAUUAAGCUAUAUGUUGAUGACAUGGUGAUUAUGUCCAAAGAAGAGGUGCUACAUACAAAAAAUCUCAAGAAGGUGUUUGAAUGCCUUAGAAAAUACCAAAUGAGACUCAAUCUUGCCAAAUGUACUUUUGAUGUGGAUUCGGGAAAGCUACUUGGCUUCAUUGUGAGUCGCCCAGGAAUAGAGAUUGAUCCAGCCAAAAUAAAAGCCAUUGAUGAAAUGCUACCACCAAAAAACCAAAAAGAAGUUCGAAGUUUCUUGGGUAGAAUUAAUUACAUUGCCCGUGUCAUUGCCAACCUCACCACCAUUUGUGAGCCUAUCUCCAAACUCCUCAGAAAAGAUAGCCCUCAUACCUGGAAUGACCAAUGCCAACAAGCCUUUGACAAAAUCAAAGAAUACCUUAAAAACCCACCAAUCCUUGUGCCUCCAACUGAUAAAAGGCCCUUCAUCCUAUAUAUCACUGUCCUUGAAGAAUCCAUGGGAGCCAUCCUUGUCCAACAUGAUGACUUAGGCAAGAGAGAGAGAGCCAUCUAUUAUGCCAUCAAAGGGCAAGCCAUUGCAGAUCAUUUAGCCGAACACGCGACAGAGGAUUAUGAGCCUAUUGAUUGGGAUUUUCUUGAUGAGGACAUUUUGGCAGUGGAGGCAGAAUUUGAUUCAGAUAAUUGGAAGCUCUUCUUUGAUGGAGCUGUUAACCAGCUUGGUUGUGGCCUUGGAGCCGUGUUGGUAUCCCCAAAGGGAGAUCAUUUUCCUAUUGCUAUAAAGCUUGAUUUUGCUUGUACCAACAACAUAGCCGAAUAUGAAGCUUGUAUUGUAGGAAUACAUGUUGCUCUGGAUAUGAAUGUCCGAGAUUUGGAGAUAUAUGGUGAUUUAGCGUUAAUCAUAUGUCAAACAAAGGGCGAUUGGCAAACCAAGGAUCCAAAACUUAUUCCCUAUCACCAAUACCUUGAAACUCUUAUCAAGAAAUUCAGAUUUAUCUCUUUAAACCAUAUGCCCCGUACCAAGAACCAAUUCGUGGAUGCUCUGGCAACUUUAGCCUCCAUGAUCCAAAUCUCCAAUGAUGAUGUGAUUAAGCCUUUAAUGAUUGAAAUUAGUCAAGAACCGACACAUUGCAUGGAAAUCAAGGUUGACGACAAACCAUGGUUUCAUGAUAUUAAACAGUUCUUGCAAAAUGGGGAGUAUCCUCUUCAUGCUUCUGAAGUGAACAAGAAGACAAUCAGAAAAUUGGCAACUUCAUACUUCUUGAGCGACAAUACAUUGUAUAAGCGCUCUGCUGAUAUGACCUUGUUUAGAUGUGUUGAUGAAACAGAAGUAGGACAAGUCAUGAUUGAGGUCCAUGAAGGGAUAUGUGGAACACAUGCAAAUGGAAGAAUGCUUGCUAGAAAGAUCCUCCGAGCUGGGUAUUAUUGGUUGACUAUGGAACAUGACCGCAUCAAAUAUGCACGAGCUUGUCACAAAUGUCAGAUUUAUGCUGAUCAUAUUAAUGCUCCGCCUUCAUUACUCAUAAUAUGUUCGCUCCUUGGCCAUUCUUCAUUAGAAGCAGCAUCUUAUGCUAGUGUUACAAAAAAGGUGGUCACUCGCUUCAUCAAGAAAGAGAUCAUCUGCAAAUAUGGGCAACCAAAGGCCAUCAUUACUGAUAAUGCAAGCAAUUUGAAUAAUGAUAUGAUGACUGCACUAUGCAAGCAAUUCAAGAUCAAGCAUUUGAACUCUUCUCCAUACCAACCAAAGAUGAAUGGUGUCGUGGAAGCUGCCAACAAGAAUACCAAGAAGAUUCUAGCUAAAAUGACAGUUACUUACAAAGACUGGCAUGAAAUGUUGCCAUAUACUCUCCAUGCUUAUAGAACCUUUGUUCGCACUUCAACUGGGGCAACCCCUUAUUCCUUGGUGUAUGGAAUGGAGGCAACACUACCAAUUGAGCUAGAAAUUCCUUCCAUGAGAAUUUUAUCCGAGUUGGGGAUUGAGGAAGAAGACUUGAUUCAGAAAAGGGUAGAUCACCUCAACUUGCUUGAUGAGAAGAGAUUGGCAGCUCUUUGUCACAGUCAAUGCUAUCAGCGACGAAUGGCAACAGCUUACAACAAGAAACUCAAACCUAGAGUAUUUCAUCAAGGAGAUCUCAUCUUAAGAAAGAUCAUGCCAAAUGAAAAGGACCUUAGGGGCAAAUUCGCACCGAAUUAUGAAGGGCCCUAUGUUGUUAAAGAAGCUUUCUCCGGAGGAGCACUCUUAUUGAAAUGUCCAGAUGGAACUAAUUAUCAUCACCCAGUGAAUGCCAAUGCUGUCAAAAUAAGAAGGAAGAGGAUCGGCAGAACAGAAAACCAAAAAACAGAAAAAUCCCAUUGCCCUGCGUCUGUGCCACUGCGCCCUACGCCCCCUGCUACGCCCCCGCCCUGCACCGAGCUUGCGCCCCUCCUUGCUGCGCCUGCACUUUCCCCUUUGCGCCCUUGUGCCCUUGCUACACUGAGCCUGCGCCUCGAUCACGCCCAGAUUCCCUUGCUCUGCGCCCCCUGCUGCGUUGACCCUGCUGCUGCGCCUUUGUCCCUGCAGCCAACCGAGCAUGAGACAAACCCGCACCAUGUCCUUGCCUUGCUUGCCGGAUGACAUCACACUCCAGCUUUCUUGGCUGUUCUGUAGGGCCAGUUUUGGCCUCACCCGAUCAACGGUGGAAGGAAAAAGAAGAAAAAUUGAAGGGUUUGGAUGAAGAGAGAAGAGGGGAGUUUAGGGUUUUGUUUGAAUUUGUAUAAAUAGGAAAGGACUUCUGAAUUUGGAGGAGGGGUUUUUUCGUUUCAGGAGAAGUUCUCUUGGUCUGAGUUUUGGGUGUUGCUGGAAACAGCAGUUAGAAGAGGAUGAUCGUUGAGCUUCCAGAAUUCACCGAGCAAGAUUGUGCAUUUUUUUUUGGUUUUCAUCUUAGGUAUUUUCUUGCAACAGAGGAGUUCUUUUGGGAGGCAGUAAAGGGGAUGAUCUCUCGUGGGAGGGAUCCGCCAGGUCGGACUCCGAUCUGUUACCCAGAAAACUCCGCCGUGUUUGUUUCUUUUGUCCUCCUGUUUCUGUUAUCUGCUUUCAUGAUGUUAAGUUUGUAUAUGUUUAUCUGAAAAUGAAUGAGAAUCCAAGUU